GAACCACACGAUCGAUCGUCAUCAAGUCCUCUCCCAACUGAAGUAUGCCUACCAGCUCUCGUUACUAUCAUCUCGACAAGAUUCUUGAUCAGCCUGGUCCAUCCACUGACUCCAGCUUCGAUGCGGGUUCCGGAGUGAAAGAAUUCUUACGUAAUACGUGUCAGGUUUUAGUUAUUGGCGCGGGUGGUUUAGGAUGCGAGAUUCUUCAAAAUUUAGCCCUCUUAGGUUUCACGAAUGUGCACGUAAUUGACAUGGAUACCAUCGAUAUCAGUAAUCUCAAUCGACAAUUUCUCUUUCGUCAAAAGGAUGUAGGCCGGCCCAAAGCAGAAGUUGCUGCAGAGUUUAUCAGUCGACGUGUACCGCAAUGUAAAGUGACACCACAUUACUGUAAAAUUCAAGACAAGGAUGACGCAUUUUACAUGACCUUCAACUUGAUCAUCUGUGGUCUCGAUUCGGUACCUGCGCGUCGUUGGAUCAAUGCCACCUUGGUAAACUUGGUCGAUCCAGAAAACCCCGAGAGUUUAAAGCCUUUGAUUGAUGGAGGCACCGAGGGCUUCAAGGGUCAAUCUCGAGUGAUCUUACCUACCAUCACAUCAUGUUACGAGUGUUCUUUGGAUAUGUUAACACCUCAAACUGCGUUUCCAAUCUGUACAAUUGCCAAUACACCUAGACUACCCGAACAUUGCAUUGAAUGGGCAAGUGUACUAGAGUGGCCACGAGUCAUGAAAGAUCUUAAGAUUGAUGGUGAUAAUCCUGAUCAUAUACAGUGGCUUUUUGAAAAAGCUUCAGAGAGAGCAGACGCUCAUAAGAUCACGGGUGUUACCUGGAGUUUAACACAAGGCGUGGUGAAAAAUAUCAUCCCUGCUAUAGCCAGUACCAAUGCUAUCAUUGCAGCCAGCUGCUGUAAUGAGGCUUUCAAACUUGCGACCACUUCUGCUCCAUAUCUGCAGAAUUACAUGAUGUAUACAGGGAAUGAAUCGGUCUAUACUUAUACCUUUGAGCAUGAACAAAAACCUGAAUGUCCUGUCUGUGGUGGUGAAUCGAUCGACGUGAGCUUAAGUAAGGAUUGGCUUUUGGAGCGAUUGCUUGAAUAUUUGAUUGAACGACAGGACUUUCAAAUGAAACAACCUUCACUCUCAACAGAUAAAGGAUCUUUAUUCUUUCAGAGCCCUCCUCAACUUCGACAAGCUACCGAAGGCAAUCUUAAGAAAAAGCUUCAUGAACUGUUGGCUGAUGGUGAACAGCUUUGGAGUCAUUUGAAAUGUGAAUCUUGGAUUUUACUCGUCAAGGAGAUGGCGGAGGUGUUUGAUCAACAUUGGUCACUUGUGAUUCAAGCGUCAACCAGAUAG